CAUUUGCUUGCCCUGCCGGCUAAUGAGGACCCACUGGAACGACAAAAGCUCGAGUUCCUAUUCGAAUGGGGUAUCGAUUUAACGACAACGCCAAAACCAAUGCCAACACCAAUACCAUUAACAAAAGCUAAAAAUCCACCGCCACUGCCACUCAACAUUAAAUCCAUCAACCAUCCAUCACAUCAGCCAGCAACGGCGACACACCCACAACACACACAUACAACGCUGGCGCCGCAUCAUCAUCAGCAGCCAACGGCGCAGCAACAUGUUGCCAACGCAACAGCAACAACACCAACAACAACCAACACAACAACGCGAACGCAUACGCCACAAACUACACAAGCGAGCACGGGGAUGCCAACGCAGACAACGAGCGCCAAAUACACGAGGAGUCCAACACAACAACAGCAGCAGCAGCAACAACAACAACACUACCAACAACGUACAACACCAACUACCGCCACAACAACACCCACAAAAAGUACACAACAACAACAGCAGCAACAUCAAAGACUGACACCAAGCGAGCGCACGCGCGCCGCGGCCACCACAAGAACAACAGCAACACCAACAGCAUCAGCGCCAACGUCACGUGAGCACACACCCACGCGCAGCACACAAUCACAUUCACAACAACAACAACAUCAUCAGUCAUCCUUACAGCGCCAGCCAUCGGUGAAUCAACAAAAAUCACAACAACAACAACACGAACAGAGGCGCGACCUCGAACGCAAAGACUCACAGCGCGAACGCGAUCGCGCGAAAGAGCGCGAACAUGAGCGCCAGCGUGCACAUGCUGAUGCGCGCGAGCGUGAGCAUGAGCGCGAGCACGAACGCGCACGCGGCCGUGAGUUGGAGCACGAGCGUGAACGGCAGCGUGAUUAUGCGCACGAACGUGCACGUGAUUACCAACAUGAUCGCGAGUAUGCGCGCGAACGUGAGUAUGCCGCACGUGAACGUGAGUACGAGCGUGAGUUGUCACGUGAUGCGCGUCACAGCGAGUAUGAGCGCGAACGUGAGCUAUCACGUGAUGCGCGUGAGCGUGAAUAUGAGCGCGAGCUGCCACGUGAUGCGCGUCACAGCGAGUAUGAGCGUGAGCGUGAGCGUGAUUACGCGCGCGACCGUGAGUAUGAGCGAGAGCGCGACUCCGAACGUGAACACGCCCCACCACCGUCAUCAGCACACACAACACAACAACAUCAACAACAACAAGCCCAUCAUCACCAACAACAAACACAUUACAAUAAAACGAAUUAUAAUUCCGUUUACCAGUAAAAAAAGAACAAAAGGAAAACCAACAAACAAACAAACAAAAACGAAUUUGAGAAAUUUUUGCUAACGAAAUUAACCACCAACAACAAAGAAACGUAUGCUUGUAAAAUGAAUUACUUAACGCAGUAACAACAACAAUAACAGCAAUAGCAACAUGGUACAAACAACAACAUGAACAACAAAAUUGAAACAACAACUCUACACAACAACAACAAUAGUAACCAUGCAUGGAACAACAAUAAAGUCUAUAAUUUUGAAUUGUGCAAACUGUGUAACUUCCACGCGUUAAAAGAAACACUUAGCAAUUCCCCUACGCAAUAGUUCAAUUCUAGCAACAACUUUCAACAACUUACAACUAAUUACAACUAACUCUCUGCAUAGCGCCGCCGUUCGUUUCACUACUGAAUAACCCCCCGCCUACGCGUUCCAUCUUAGUACCCCGCGCUCUCAUAGUAUCGCUUAAAAUUUUUCCCCCUCUCUCUCUCUCUCUCUCCCAUCAUAGAAAAAAAUAUUAAAAAAAUGAAAAAAAAUUGUUUUGUGUGCUUAAACGGUUAUAAUUUUUAGCUUUUGUACACCAACUCGCUAAAUAGUAUUAUUUGCGAUUUUCACGACACUCACACACACACACACGAGAUACUCAGCCAAGUUGUAGAGACAUUUAAUGGCUUAUUUUCGCUUCCGCCUCGUCUAUGUUUUUUAGAUGUUUGUGCUUAGUGUUUUAUCGUCAGCUUUAAAUGCUUCAAACGCUUAAAAUCACGUUCACAGCUGCGGCAAGUAUGAGAAGGCGUCCAACGCGUCAUGCCAAGGCUGCCGAGUUUAUGCUGGGUUGAGUGCUAGCAGCAACUUUUAGCUAUUUUCAACAGGAAAUUUGAGAAAAUUCGAGUUUACACUGAGUUCUUUAGGGUUAAACGUUGUAAGGAAGGUUUUUCGAUUUUGGAAAUAGGCGACAGUGUUGCCAACUUGUUUAAAAGUGCCGCACUUGUGAUUAAAAAAAUUUAAUUUCUAUGAAAACCUCUAAAAGUGUUGUUAAAUGCGAGUGUGUUGUAAUACGAUUUAUACUAAAAACUCCGUGUUUAUGCUAAACACCAGUAUGAAACAUAAACUCAAGUUAACGUCUCAACUGAUUUCUAUAAAAACACCUAGAAAUAUUUUGUAACUUUCAUCAUUUUGUACUGUAAACUCCUUGUUGAGGCUAAACACCAGUAUGACGCAUAAAUUCGUGGAAAUUGGCUAGCUAAAGCUUUCAGCGAAACCUCAUACAGUAUUGGCAAUGCUUGGGACCACAUAAAUUAGCAAAUUUGUGCGAACUCUUACUUUACGCCUGUGCUGUUGAACACUUUGCUUUAUUGCAUAUUUAAACUUCCAAAUUUAUUCGUAUCAAUAAAACACUGCCACAACAACAAACACUGUAAACACUUUUACACAAAUGAGUAUCUCGUAGGCAACACAAACAAACCAGAAACCCGAAUAAAGACAACAAUCCAAACAACAAAAGAUGGUAAAACCCCAACACUUUUUAUAAAAAAAAUUAAAAAUUAUAAAAAAAUUUAAAAAUUAAAAAAAAUUAAUCCAACAAAAAAAUUUAAAAAAAUAUAUAAAAUAAAAAAAAUAUUUCAAAAAAAUAUUAAAAAAAAAGAUAUUUCAAAAAAUAUUUCAAAAAAAAUAAAAAAAAAAAUAAAAAUUAAAUAUUUUUAAAAAUCAACGCAAAAGCAUAUUUAAAAAUGUUUAAAAAAACAUAAAAAAAAAAUAAAAAAAAAAAACAAAUACACCGAAAUACCAAAACAACCCAUAGCAAGUACCAAACCAAUACAAAAACCACACUGCAGUUCAAACCUACCCACAAAACUGUAACACCUAUACUAAUACAAUACACAGCCUGUUAAUUAAACUUAAUUUAAUUUAAAAUAUAUAUGUAUGUAUGUUUUAAGCAGUAAUAUACAAAGGCACGCAUAUACAUAGUUGCAACACUAGUCUCUACUAUCUCUAUAAAUGUAUCUAGUCUAUAUUAAAUUAACUCUUACUUAUGUAUGUAUUUGUAAAACUGCAUUGUAUUGUGUAAUUAAUUCUAUUUGUACGUAUGUCAUGUAUAUAUCAGUUAACUGUAGUUUGUAUGUUAAAUUGUAAUUUUAUGUGCCACAAAUUGCACACUAAACGCCAAAAUCCUGUACUUUAUGCGACACACAACACACACACAUACUUAACUAUGUAUAUGUAUGUGUGUGAAUAUAUUUUUUUGACUUACUACUCUCUAAUAAGUCUAACGCAGCAUACUUUUGUGCGCCUUCAACGGCGUUUCAACGCGCUGUUAUUAAGUGUAGCAUACCCACAGGCGCCAAGCAAGUGCUGUGCUCAGUUUAUUUGUGUGUAUGCAACUAAUUUGUGAAGCUACACGACUUUUACAGUUACAAACAGUUACACCCACACACAAACACAUAUAGAUACCACACUUUACACACACAUACAUACGUUUACGUUGUAAACGCAGGCAGCUUUAUAUGUACAGUACAUAUGCAUGUGUUUGGCAUGCUUUGCGCGAUUUUUGUGUGUUUGUAUGUAACUAAAAUAAUUGCAGCAACAAUAUGAUAGGUUGGAGGAAACGCAAAUGAACCGUUAUACAUAUUAGUAAAUGCUGCAACUGAGUUGCAACACCAGAGUCAAAGAUAUGCAACAAAAAAUUAAAUAAAUAUUUAUAGAAAGAAGCCCACCUAAAGCCAAUAUUUAAGUGCAACACUAAGAUGGCAGUAGCAGGAGAAAACAAUGUCGAUAAUAUGUAUGUACUAUAGCAACCAAAAGCAAACACACCCACACAACCUAACCUCAAAAUUAAGUAAAUAAAUAAUUAAACGUAGUAGCAGACAAACACAGGCACAUACACACACACACCCACACCCACAAUCAUAAACAAAAGGAGAAACAGCAGCAUAAGAAAAACUACAAAAAACAAAAUAUUAAUUGAAUAUUCCUUAGAAAGCACCAACAACUUGUACCCCCGAUUAGUAUGUGAGGCAAAUAAUAGCACAUAGUCUACAAAAUAGUUAAUAAUAAACGUAAACAAUUAGCAAUGAGCGAACGAACGAACGAUAGGCAAAAUUUAGCAAAAGCAGAAUUUCAUGUGAAUAACCGUACAUCGUAGUCAAUGGUGUUACAAUUAGAAACCGCUAUUAGAAACUAACGUAAAAUACCUUAAAUAAAAGUCACAUACAAAUUUUAGUACAACUACGCACUGCACUUUCAAAAAAAAAACAAAAAAAAAACAACAACCAAAAGUAAAAACCAAAAAGCAACAACAAGCAAAUUUCGCAAAACGCAAAUCUUUUAAGCAAAUCGCCAAAGAAACCAAAGAUAAACGCAAUUUAGCCAAAAGCUAUAAGCAAAUAUUAUAUAAUUAAUAUGUAAUUGCAAAGUAUCUCUCUCUCACAUGGUAAACGAGUUAUAAACAUUAACCAAAAAACGCUAAAAUACAUUUAUCAACAAGAAAAAAACCAAAAAAAACUAUCGUACGUACAUACAUCUUAAACAAAAACGCAUGCAACGCAUCAAAGCAGUAGAAGAGGCAGACAGCAGAGGAGCAACGCGAAGCUUAACGUAUUCACAAAUCAAAUGAACAAAUGUAGCAAACACAUGCAACAUGCAACAAAUGAGGUUGAUUGGCAUUAGAGAUAAAGGUAAAACAAAGUUGAAAAAAAAACAACAACAACAACAAUCGUUAAAUUAGAGUAUUGCAAAAUAAAUAGCCGACAGGGCGCGAUAAGCAGGCGCAGCAGCAGCAAACAAUACUAAAAACAACAGCAAGAUUAAUUGCAAGAGCAACAUUUAUUGCCACAGCUUGUUUAGUAGCAAAGCUCGAUUAAGUGCAGCGGGCACAUUAUUAGCAAGAGCAAGAUUUAUUGCCAUAGCAAGUUUAGUUGCAACUACGAUAUUGAUUGCAACAGCCAGUUUUAAUGCAACACCAAAUUACUAGCAACAGCAAGCUUAUUCGCAACUUCCGGAUUAGUUCCAAUAUCAAGGUUAGCUCCAACAGCAAAAGUCGUUGCAACAUCAAGAUUAAAAGCAACAUCAAGUUUAAAGGCAACGUCAAGUUUAAAUGCAACAGCAAGAUUUGUUGCUAUAUUAAGAACGUUUAGAUGAGCUGUAACAGCAAGUGUAAUUGCAACAUUAAGAUUAGGUGCAACAUUAAGGUUAGUUGCAACAGCAAGAUUUCAUACAACAGCGAGUUUUAAUGCGAUAGCUGGAACUUUUUCAACAGUAAGAACGUUGAAAUUAGUUGCAACAUCAAGAGCGCCUAGAUUAAUUGCAACAGCACGUUUAGUUGCAAUAGCAAGAUUUAGUGCAAAAGCAAGCUUAAUUGCAACAGCAAUAUUAAUUGCUACAACAAGAUUUAUUGCAAAAUCAAGAACGCCUAGAAUAGUUGCAACAGCUAGUUUAGUCUUUAUUAGUUGCAACAGCAAAAUUGGUUGCAACAGCUGAUUUAGUUGUCGUCUAGAUUGGUUGCAAUAAAAGGUUUAGUUGCAACAUAGAGAUUGGUUGCAACACCGCAACUACAAAAUAGCAACGCUUUGCUAAACUAGACAAAUUAGUGGCGAAAUAAAUGCAAAACACAGCUAACGAGCAAAUUCGGACUUGAAACAAAAACAAUUAUUAGGUGAAACUAGUGCAAAGAAAAUAUAUAUGAAUAAGGAAUUAGGCGCAGAAGUAAAGUAGUGAAAAAUUGGCAACUUUUUGCCAAAUGUACAAAAACAAAAAAUUAAAAAUAUUAACAUUUUUUCAAAAAACAAAAUUCUUUCAAAAAAUUUGUUUCAAAAAAAAUUUAAAAAUUAAUUUUUUACAAAGAAAACAAAUUUCAAAAAUUUCAAAAAAAUAAAUAAUUUUUUUUAUAAAUAUUUUUUUAUUAAAUAAUUUUUUUUUAUAAAAAUUUUUUAUAAAAAAAAAUAUUUUUUUUUUUUUGUAAGUAUUAAAACUUUUUUCAAAAUUUUUUUUUUCAAAUUUUAUGCGCUUCUAAGGCAUCGCACGGAACCUUCUGCCCAUGUGCAGCGUGCGAAAACCAUAAUACUAUGCACACGCAGACGGCAGCGCACUCGUUUAUAUCAAAAACAAAAAAGAAAUUAAAAGAAACCACCCUACCCACCCCUCUCUUACAUUAACUACAACUAACUAACUAGUCUUGAAACGUUUGCUGUACGUUUAUUUUCUGCUGUAAAUACUUUCGGCUUUUAUAUAGAAAUAGUCUUACGCAGAACGAGGCAAACUGCGUGCAGGAAAUCAAACUUCUUUUCAUAUUGCAAUAACACUUUGUUUGUAGUUGUAUUUGAAACUGAAAAUUUAGCUAAAAUUAUUUAUUACUGUGUGCAUUGAAAGAAGCUGAGGGAGACUAAUGGACAGUGCUGUGUAAAAUUCUAAAUCUUACAUUGAACCCAAUGAGCGAAAGAGCAAAGGUCAGUGUCGAUCCCUUCACAACUUUUUCGCCAGUUUCCAUUUGAUAUAUUAUUACUAAUUUCCGUCUAUCUCUCGCACACUCAACCUGUUAUCUAACCUGUAAAUCUGUGGCUGUUUCUCUCACUUUUUAUUGUACGCAAAAUAGGUUAUACUAGCAACGAAAUCUGCAACUGAUCAGCAGCCGAUUUAAUCAUGCCUGUCAUUAUGUCUGUCCGUCAAGUAUGGAAUUAAGUACUUUUAUGGAAAACUUUUUUGAUUAAGCCAUAUUUUAUUUGAUGUUUAUGAAAUCUUUCGCCAUAAUAUCCGAAGAAAUUGUUCAGCUCGGAUCACUACAGCAUAUAGCUGCCAUGUAAACUGACCGAUCAAAAUAAAGUUCUUGUAUGAAAAACUUUUUCAGUUCACGAGAUCAGUCGCUAUCACUCCUUCUUACGCAGUAUUAACCUCCUGCACUCUCACAGCAAUCUAUUGUUGCUUUUGUCUCGCUCUUGAUUAUUACUUUGUCUCAUUGUUUCUCUUUCUCCAUUAUUUAUUGCAGGAGAUGAACACGCUCCCAGAAGCAUCUCUUUUUUUCAGUUAUUGUCUCUCGCUCUCUCUCUCUCUCUCUUACUGAUAUUGUCACGCUCUCUUAUACGCCUAAACUCCUGCACGCUCCCAACCUCUCGACACGUUUCUGUCGUGGAAAUGUUAAAAACUUGCAAGGAGUUAUACAAUGCUUCAGUAAUACUUUAUUUUCAAAUUAAUUAACAUUUUUUUUUAAUUUUUUCGAGAAAAGAAAUUAAAAUACUAAAAACAUUUUACAUACAAUUUUUGUGCUCCAAAUAGCAGUCUUAAAAAAUUCAAAUACAUUUAGGACUUUUUCGAAAUUUUGAAACAUCAUUUCAUAGUUGCAAGUUUACAAGGAAAAAAUUCUAAAAUUAACUACUUAAAGAUUGUUUUACCAAAGAAAGCAUUAAUUAUAUAUAUAAUUAGAAGAAAAUGUGACGAAAUUAAAAUUAAAUUAUUAAUUAAAAUUAAUUAAAUUAAAAAAUUAAAAUUAAAAUUAAAUAAAAAUUAAUAAAUAGAAAUUUUGUUAACUAUUCAUACGGCAAGUUAAAUUAUAAUGAUUUACUAUUGGCAUAACGGUAAAAAAAUAAUUAUAAUUAAAAUGCAGCAGCAAGUGUGUGUGUACGUAGAGACGUUCGGCAAUAAACGAGCAUUGUAUGUGUAUGUGAGUAAAUUGUGCUUGUAGUGGUUUAGGAUAAAUAUUUGAAAAUAAUUGAAAUUGAAAAAUUAUUGCAAACAACACAAGUUAGGUUAGCUUAAAGUAGAAAAAAAAGAAAAGAAGUCUAAAAAAUAACGGAGAAGAAAAUGUAGAAGGGUUGUGAAGAGAGCUUAGCGCAGAAAUAUGAAGGGAAUUCUGAAACAAUCUCGAAGAAGAAAAUGUAGAGGAAUUAAGAUGAGAGCUUGAAGAAGAAAAACAGAAAAGAAGUCUAAAAAAAUCAAGAAAAUUAAUGAAAUAUGAAGAGAGCUUAAAAAAUCUUGAAGUAGAAAAUGUGGAAGUUUAAAAGAAAAAGUGUAAUAAAAUAUAGACAAAAAUAUGAAGAGAGCUUCAAGGAGAAAAGAAAUCUUAAAAAUAUCGUAAAAGACAAUGUAGAAGAAUUUUGAAGAGUGCUUAGCGCAGAGAAAAGCAAAAACUUCUGAGGAAAAUCUGGUACAAGCAAAUAUAGAAGAAUGAAGAUGAGAGAUUGAAAAAGUGCUAAAAAUAUGAAGAAAAUGUAGUGGAAAUGUGAACAGCGCUUAAAGGAGAAAAGAAGAAAAGAAAGAGAAUAUAAGAAAAGUCUAAAAGAAAGAGCUAAAUACAAAUAUAGCAGAAUUUUAAGCAGAAGAAAGGGGAUUCCAUAAAAAUCUUGUACCAGAAAAUGUGGAAAAACUAACAUGAGAGCUUGAAGGAAACAAAAAGAAAAGAAACCUAAAGAAAUGCAAGAAAAUGUAGCAAAAUUCCGCAGAGCGCAUUGAGCAGCAAAAUGAAGAGAAUUCUAAAAAAUCUCGGAGAAGAAAAUAUAUUGAAAAAUUAGUAAAACGCUUGUAUUAGCACGUGAGCGGAGCACUGCUUGAAUUUUCGCAUGCAUGAGGGUUUAAUUUUAGCAUACAAACAAAACAGGUGUUGUAUAUAAAUACUUAUAUAUACUUAUAUAUACAUAUAAUAUGCACUAAGCAUUUGUAAUAUACAUACUUAGUUAUAUAACUUUUAAUAUAUCUAUCGAUAUAAGACAUUUAGUGUGUAAAGUGUGCAAAGUGGCAGCCGGAAAUGCACGUAUGGCCAACCGUUAGAACCAAGCACUAAGAAAAGCUAAACUAAAUUAAGCAACAAUAACAAGAAACAUAAAACUUGUAUAAGUAAUAUCACGUGGCAACCUAGUCAUACAAAUAAACUAAACUAAAUAUUAAACUGAACUGUAUGGAUAUGUAAAAUACUCUAACUCUGUGCUAAAUAUAUAUUUACUAUGUCUAUACAUAUAUAUAUGCAUAUAUUUACUAUCAUAUAGCCACAUACAUUACAUAUGUAAAAUGACAUGCAAUCGCUACAUUUAGAGAAUUUAUGACAUACAUUAUAAAUUACUAAAAGAAAGAUAAGCAAUUUCCCAACAAUUCUCAAUGCAAAUAAAAAGCAACAAAAACAAACACAUAGCAAACAAUUAAUAAUAAAAAAUAACGCAUACAUAUUUAAAUGGGCAAAUGCAUUUAUUGACAUAGCAAAAGCAAAAAAAAAAUAAAAAUAAAAA